AUGCGUACCGCUUUCUUCGUCAGCGCUUUGGCCAGCACUGCCUUUGCUGGUGGCAUUGUCACCCAGAUCUCAGACGGCCAGAUCCAGGCUCCUGUCACUGAGGCUGCUCCUUCUGUCGUUGCUUCAGCACCCAGCGCCGCUGCCUCUGUUUCCUCUGCAGUUGAAUCAGUCUCGAGCGCUGUUGUAUCGAGUGUUGUUGCCUCUUCCAUCUCCUCGGCUGUCGAGUCGAGCGCUGAGGUCGCCCCUGUCGCUACUUCUUCGGCCCUCUCAACUCGCAUGCCUGUCCCUAUCAUCAACGCAACCACUGAAACUUCAGUAUCGGCUGCCAGCACUCCUGCUGCUGUCGUCCCCUCUGCUGGCGUGAGCACUGCCCUCGCUGGCGGCAACUCAACCAACGGCACUAUCUCCAGCCAGAGCCUGAAGGCAUCGUCCACUCUUGCUUCCACUACCAAGGCUGGUUCUGCUUCUGGAACCGCUUCUAAGUCCUCUGCCAGCGCAUCUGCCUCCGGAAACGCUGCUGCCAGCGUUCAUCAGACCACCACUGGUAUGGUUGGUGCCCUCUUCCUCGGUGCCAUCGGUUACCUCGCUCUCUGA